UGAAAGCGGGAGAUAAUGCGCAGCCGCCGGAAUAAGUAUUGGUUUCCAUUGGACUCGUUGCCUCAGUUCCUCUCACGUCCCCGCUACGGCAAAAUGGCCAUGCCAAAAGGUGUUCGUUGUCAGCUGGUGUUGCUGUUGUUCCACUUCUUGACACUGGAGAAAGGUGUCCGGGGCAUCAGCUGCUAUGUUUGCUCCUCCAAGAAUGGGUCAGACGUGAACUGCGAGGACCCGUACCACCCCGCCCAUUCUGUCUUCUCCCAAGACUGCAAAGUGCCCAAAGAAGGUCACAUUGGCCAGUUUCCCGCCAACUAUUGCGUUAAAAUCAUUGGGACUUCAGUAAGGACGAGUGAGUCGUUGAUGAUCCGGACAUGCGUGCUGGAGAACAUGGACUCGCAGUGCGGUGUCUUCAAAUUCGGAGGCGAACAACUAACUGGAUGCAUCUUGACGUGCACCUAUGAUGGCUGUAACGCCGCCCCGCCCUCCGCCAUCUCCCACCUCUCCCUGCUGCUGCUGCCCCUUGCCUUACUGUUCACUGUUUAUCGCUUGUGUUAAUUGUUCGUGACUUCUGAGAGUUGAGGAUUUUGUUUUCGCAGUUGUUAUUCUCCUCAAAUGGAUGAGUGUUAAAGAUAGAGAAAAAUGUAUCUCUGGACAGGGUAGGAAACAAAAAAAAAAAUUUAAUCUUUAAUACUUUUUUAGCAACGCAGUGAGAAGUCUAGUGAAAUUAUUGAAAGCAACUUACCAUGCAACGUCACAAGUUCAACUAGUACAUAAUGUGCUGACGGCGAUAGUUCUAACAGAUUUCCAAUACGAUCGAAAUGAGAGAGAGAGAGAGAGAGAGAGAGAGAGAGAGAGAGAGAGAGAGAGAGAGAGAGAGAGAGUCAUAUAUAUCAGCAUUCGUCUGCCAACAUACAGAAGGAAUGACCUCUAUGAAUAAAUAUAAACUUGUUGAAGACUUCGAAACAAAAGAAAGAUUCAUGGUCUGUUUUAACAAAGCUUCGGAUUUUUGUGACCAGACUUCAUAGUGAAAGAAAGUAUUUUACAAGGAAGUAUUGUCACUAGCGGUGCAAUAAAGAGGAAAGAUUCAUGUACUAACCAUUAUUAUGUUUAUACAGUAUUAUAUAGGUUACAUUUCAUUAUUUACUAUCUCUAAUUACUAACAGUAGUCCUUGCAGCAUGAUGGUCAUGUUGUUUGGUGUGAACAUGUGAAGUGAUAACGGCUUUCACGAGAGAAGCGAGUAUAGGAGUGUGUUACCGUCAUUGCUUGAGAAAAGAAAAUGUGGAAAGACCUUAUCACUUCCUUGUCAUUUUCCCAGCCAUCCCUUCACCCUUUGCCACUUUACUGCUUAAAGUCUUCAUCUUCACACGAUUUCAACGAUGCCCUUGUGCGUGCGUGUGUGUGGUAUGUGUGUGUGUGUUGUAGUUAUAGUUGUUAGAAUCUGACACAGCGUUUUGAUUAAUUGCCUUGUCUUGGAAUAUUUUUUUUGGCACAAGCCAUUGUAAGUAUAUCAUCACAAUUUUUAAUCUCGUGAGACCACCGAUGAGAAACAGAAGGAUUCAUUACUUCAACUAUGCUUCGAAUAUAAUUGUCAGUUAUCAUCUAGAAUGAAAUUAUUUUAGCUUUAAGCGCGAGUAUCUUCCAGGAAUCCAUUGCCAGAAGAGUGGUUAUAGAGCAAGAUUAUUUGUGCUGCAUACGAAUACAUCAUUAUUCAGCAUGUUUAUUAAGUCCUUACAGCGUCACUGUGAUCGUUAUGGUUGUUAACAUAGUAAUGGCAUUUAGCAAAGAGCGAGACAAGGAUCGAGAGAACCCUGCAGUCUAUGAGUCAACUGAGUGUGUCAGUUUUGUGUUGGCUGUGGAAGAGUGAGGUUGAGAGAAGGGCACACCACCGCCACGUUGAAGGCAGGGUGAGCUGUGGUGAAAGAAUCGACUAAUUAAUGUUAAGUGUAAUCUGCUUUAGUUCUGUCCCCAGUUUUUGUUAUACCGUAUGUUACUUAUCAUUCUUAAAUUGUUUGGUGUAAAAUUAUGCAAUAUUUAACUACUAGUUAUAGUGUAGUAAUUUUACAUAUAUCACUAGUUGUUUUCUUGUACGGUGACAUGAAGUGUACGAAUAUAGUUAAGGUAAAGAGUGAAAGCUACAGACAAUAACGAAAAAGACGUCUGACAAAUAUAACGUGUGAGUAAUUUUUUUUUUUUAUGUAAUCGUGUCCUUCGUUAUAAAUUUUCAUAUACCA